GCAAAGCAAACCCUGAAAUUAAACUCUGGUUAUCUAAAACAAAGUCAUAUUCUUUCAAAUUCAUUUAAUCGGCAACUUGGAAAUCAAAAAUCUUUGUUUUUACUUGAAAAAUUACCACUUUUGUCCACUGCAAGAAUGCUUCGUGUGAGAAAGGCCUUGAUGAUCGGAGGAGUACGAUCCUUUCGCCUGGGAAUGUCUUACCAGAAAACGAAAGGAUGUGAAAAGACAUCGGCAACUGUUCGCACCAGCACAUUGCCAAACGACCAACAAACUGAAUUACUUCCAGAGGAACCCGCAAAACCAGAAGAACUGAUGCAGCGCUUGGGUCCAAAACGCAAUGAAUUGGAGCAGCGUAAAAUAAGGAAGACCCAGUACGAAUCUCAUCUGAAAGAACUGCUCCACCAGAGGCCCAAGGAUGCUGAGAUGGCCAUUCAGUGUGUGCCGUUUGUUAAGACGGCCGGUGGCUCGGUGAAUCCCCUAAGGAACCGAUACGAUAGUCCAGAAGCUCUUCUGGAACAAGUCAGCGACCCCAAGGAACUGGCCAAGGAGCUGAUCAAGUUGGCCAGGGCACUGCACACGGAGCGGCAGAAGAACGAAAUCAUAAUGCAAAAUUUUCUCGAUCUAGAGGAGUCGAUGUUUGUUUUGAAAAAUCCGAAUGGAAAGCCCAAGUAAAAGCUUCACGGGAUUAUAUUUCCAAAAUCAGAAAGUGGCAGUCCUUUGGUUUAUGGAAAAUUUAGUGUGAAUCUGGAAUCUGUAUAGUUUUAUUUAAUAUAUAUACACUCUUUUGGCAAA